AUGAGUUCGGCAAACGAGCAGACGGAUUACCUGAUGGUAAGCAAUCAGCGCCGCCCAUGGACAUCCGCAAUGGAGGAGUUACGAGUGCGUUGCCGAUCUUUUAGGGAUACGGGAUUUGGAGACUCAGGGAUUGAGGAGGGAUUGGGGGAAGGGAAGGAUUGGGCCUUCGGUAACCUCACUCACACGGCGAAACAUGUGUCGGAUAAUUUUGAAACAAUUCUCUUUCAUCGUCAACAACAUCAGCGGUUUUUUAAUGGUACAUGUCCUCUCCAACAUUCUUAUGCCACCGCAACUCCUGUAAGCCAGGAUAUACAGAACAUACAACCAUGA